AUGCAAAUAAAAAAGACGAACCUGCAAUCUCUAUUGGACCUUGUGUUAAUAAUCUUUGCCCUAAAGGCUUUGAAUGUAUUGAAAAUACUUGUUUUAAAUCUUUGGAAAUACCCAAAACUGACCAUAUUCUUUCGAUUGGACCUUGUGUAAAUGCAAAGUGCCCCGAAGGUUUUAGUUGUUAUGAAAAUGAUAGGCAAUGCUAUGCUAAUUAAAUAAACGGAAAGGAAGGAAUGAACAAGACAAUGGUUAUA